AUGUCUGAGGAACGCCGCCCCCGAUCGCGCUUUGACAGCGACGAUGCCGAGCGCCCUGUCCGCUCGCGCUUCGACUCAGAUCGUCGCUCCAGGUCGCCGUCGCGGAGGGAAUCCGAGUCGCAUCGCGCCCGUAGCCCUAUCGCCCGUGAAGGCACAGACAGCCCUGCAUCGUCCAACUUCAAGAACGAGGCGGCAGCAAAGGCGGCGGCGGCGGCUGCGAGGAUCAACGCGCAGAUUCAGGCGAAGAAGGGCAUCCAGCAUGUCGACGUGCCACCGAUUCGCUCUGCCGCUACUCCUCCAGUCGCCAAGUCGCCCGCCUCGAACUCCGCCGCGGCCAUAAACAACGAGACGUACCAGCAGGAUGGUGACUACAUCAAAGACAUUGAGAUCAAUGAUCUCCGUAAUCGCUAUACACUGACUAAAGGAGCUACACAAAAGAGGAUCAAAGACGAGACUGGCGCCGAUGUCACUACUCGCGGAGAAUACUACCCUGACAAGAACAUGGCCACUGCUACUAACCCGCCGCUGUACCUCCGCAUCACUAGCACCUCCAAAGAAGGCCUGGACAAGGCUGUCGAGAUGAUCGAAGAGAUGAUGAAAGAGGACCUUCCUAACCUUGUAGACGAACGUCGUUUCCGCCGUAGAGAGCCGGAGAACUUCGAGCGCGACGAGUUUGGCAGACGCAAGUGGCCCGAAGAGAAGAUUUCCGUAGGUCUCGAGCCUAUCAGCGGCUUUAACUUGCGCGCACAGGUUGUCGGUCGCGGUGGCGACAACGUCAAGUUCAUUCAACAGGAGACAGGCUGCAAAGUCCAGAUCAAAGGUCGCGGUUCCGGCUUCAUGGAGCCGAACAGCGGACAAGAGAGCGACGAGCCCAUGUACCUCCACAUCGCGUUCGUAUACCCCGCCAUUCUUACCCUCCAAUUACUGACAGAUCGUAGUGGACCCCGUCCCGAAGGCGUAGCCCAAGCCAAGCAACUCUGCGACGAGCUCCUCGACAAGGUAAAGUCGGAUUACCACGCUUACAAGGAACGCCCUCCACCGAACCGUUACGGCGACCGAGAUGGCUAUGGCGGUGGACGACCGGGAUACGGCGAUCGUGGCGACCGUGGAGAUCGCGGUGACCGUGAUGGUCGCAGCCAGAGCUACGGAUACGGUGGAGGAAACGGAGGAGGCGGCGGCUACGGUGGCUACGGCGCUCAGGGUCAGAACGGUUACGGCGGCCAGGACACAAUCAUGUCUCCUGCUGCUGCAACGCCGACUGCUGAUGCUAACAACCAAGCCUACGACGCCAAUGCGGCACAAGCAUGGAUUGCCUACUACCAGCAGAACCCAGAAGCUGAUCCUUAUGCCGCCUACGGUGGGUAUGCAGCGUACCUCGCACUUCAGCAACAGCAGUAUGCCGCGUACUAUGCUCAGAACGGUUAUGGCCAGACGCAGUCGCCUGCUCCCGGCGCUGGCGCGGCUGCACCACCACCGCCGCCGCCUUCAGAGCCAUCCGGCUACGCUGCUCCUCCGCCGCCUCCACCAGCGGCAUCGCCUUCCAACUAUGGCGCCGUUCCUCCACCUCCCGGUUUUGGCACAAAAACGCUGACACUCCCUCUACAGCCCCAUCUCUCCUCCCUCCGCCAACCGCUCAGAUGCCUAGCCACAUCGCACUCGCCGCCCUCGGCGCGCAACGUCGACCUCGGCUCGCGCACCCCACCGUACGCCAAACUGCUCUCGCGGCUCGAAGAAGUGCGGCGCGUACUCGGUUCCUCUCGCCAAUUGACUUUGGCAGAGAAGAUUCUGUAUUCGCAUCUUGAGAGCCCCGAGGAGUCGCUGUUGAGCAAUACCAAUGGAGGAAGGGAUAUUCGGGGCCAGGCGAAUCUCAAGUUGAAGCCGGAUCGCGUGGCGAUGCAGGAUGCGAGUGCGCAGAUGGCGCUUUUGCAGUUUAUGAGUUGUGGGUUGCCGAGUACGGCUGUGCCUGCUAGUAUUCACUGCGACCACAUGAUAGUAGGAGAAAAAGGCGCCGACACUGACCUUCCACAAUCGAUAGCGGGCAACAAGGAGGUCUUCGAUUUCCUCGAGUCGGCGGCGAAGAAGUACGGAAUCGAGUUCUGGCCACCCGGCGCUGGCAUCAUCCAUCAGUCUGUCCUGGAAAACUACAGUGCUCCUGGGCUCAUGAUCUUGGGCACGGACAGUCACUCACCGAAUGCUGGAGGUCUGGGAUCGAUUACAAUUGGUGUUGGUGGUGCCGAUGCGGUCGACGCUCUUGUGGACGCGCCAUGGGAGUUGAAGGCACCCAAGAUCUUGGGUGUGAAGCUUACCGGAGAACUCAGCGGAUGGGCCUCGCCAAAGGACGUGAUCCUGAAAUUGGCUGGCGAGCUGACCGUCCGGGGUGGCACUGGCUUCAUCAUUGAGUACUUCGGACCUGGUGUGCAGUCUUUGAGCUGCACAGGUAUGGCAACUAUCUGCAACAUGGGCGCUGAAGUCGGCGCAACUACCUCGCUCUUCCCCUUCUCUCCUGCGCAUAUCCCCUACCUCCAAGCCACACAUCGCGGACCGAUCGCUGAAGCCGCCGCAAAGAUCGCGAAUUCACCAAUGCAGCAGAACCUGCUACGACCUGACCCGGAAGCCGCUUACGACAAAGUUAUUGAGAUCAAUCUUUCGGAACUCGAGCCUCACAUCAACGGACCAUUCACCCCGGACCUAUCAACACCUCUAUCCAAGUUCAAGUCUGUAGUUGAAGAGAAGGGAUGGCCACAAACAUUCGGUGCGGGCCUGAUUGGUAGCUGUACAAACAGCUCGUAUCAAGACAUGACGCGAUCAGAAGAGAUUGUGAAGCAGGCACUGGCAGCGGGUCUCAAGCCCAGGGCAGACUUCUUCAUUACGCCAGGCAGUGAACAGAUCCGAGCUACGUUAGAACGGGAUGAAACCCUUCAAACGUUUACUGCUGCCGGUGGCACUCGCACCGACGAUGUAAAGAAAGGCGAGUCCAACGCUAUCCUCACAUCCUACAACCGCAAUUUCCCCGGCCGCAACGAUGGCAACCGAGCUACCAUGAACUUCCUCGCUUCUCCCGAACUCAUCACCGCCAUGUCAUACUCUGGCUCUACGACCUUCAACCCAAUGACCGACAGCAUCCCGACACCUGACGGCAAGCCUUUCAAGUUCGCGCCGCCAAAGGGCUCUGAUCUCCCCACCGCUGGUUUCGCAGACGGUAACCCAGACUUCAUGCCUACGCCAGGUGUCCCCGACGCCAGCGUGGAUGUCAUUGUCUCGCCUACAUCCACCCGUCUGGCACUCCUUGAUCCUUUCCCAGCAUUCCCUGGCUCGGAGUUUACAGGAUUGCGGGUACUCUACAAGGUGAAGGGACAAUGCACAACGGACACCAUCUCGGCUGCCGGUCCAUGGCUUAAGUACAAGGGCCAUCUCCCCAACAUCUCCGAGAACACACUCAUCGGUGCAGUCAACGCACAGACCGAUGAAGUCAACGUUGCCUACGACUUCGACGGUAAGACGUCCGGUAUCCCAGAACUAGCAAAGAGGUGGCGCGACCAGGGCAUCGAGUGGCUAGUCGUAGCAGAGCACAACUACGGCGAGGGCUCUGCCCGUGAACACGCCGCCCUACAGCCCCGAUACCUCGGUGGCCGCAUCAUCCUAGCCAAGUCAUUCGCCCGUAUCCACGAGACCAACCUCAAGAAGCAAGGUAUUGUCCCACUCACCUUCGCCAACGAAGCCGACUACGACGCUUUCGAAGCAUGCGACCAGGUUGCUACACGAGGACUGUUGGACGUGCUGAAGAGCGGUGGCAAGGGCGAAGUCGAGCUUGUACUCAAGAAGAAGGACGGUAGCGAGAAGGUCGUCAAGACUAAGCACACACUCUCGCACGAUCAGUGUGGAUUUGUGAUGGCUGGCAGUGCGCUCAACCUUCUAGCUGCGAAAGGCAGGGAGAUGAAGGAGGAGGUUACCCGGAGUGCGGAGCUGACUGAUUAA